AUGGCUGCUGCCUGGAUUAGGAAGGAAGACAAUGGUGUAAUUCUCGCUCUCUAUAUUCUUCAAAUAUCAUAUUCCAUAAUUUUACAGGUAAUUAGAGCCUUCAUUUCUUUCAUCUUUUUUUCCCUUCAAUUCUCUCUUCAUAUAGCAAUGAAAACCAGAAGACUUUUCCCGGCCGUAACUGAAACAAACGAAACCAUAGGCUGCCCUGAUUUCUGUGACCCUGCCUGCCCUUACAACUGCUACCCUUACCCUGACUACUAUUACCUACCGCCGCCGCCGCCGCCGCCUCCUCCCUUCUCGGUUGAAAACCAUCACAUCUCACCUUAUGUGAUCGUCUUUGUUUCCGUACUUGCCGGUCUCAUCCUUCUUCUCGGCUACUACGUCGUUAUAGUGAAGUCAUGUUUUGGUUGGUGUUGCUGGAGGAAUGACAGGCAGUCACGAACUCAAACUGAUACUUGGGACCAAGAGUUGAUCAAUGAUAAUAGAGUGGAUCAUCCUAUUUGGUUCAUCACAACCGUUGGUUUGCAACAAUCGGUCAUAAAUUCGAUCACUGUUUGUAAGUACAAGAAGGGUGAGGGAUUGAUUGAAGGGACGGAAUGUUCAGUGUGUUUGAAUGAGUUCCAAGAAGAUGAGACGGUGAGGCUGUUGCCUAAAUGCAACCAUGCGUUUCACAUUUCGUGUAUUGAUACAUGGCUGAGGGCUCACACUAAUUGUCCUUUGUGCCGAGCACAAAUAGUCUUCGAUGCCUCGUGUGCUACUCCAGCAGAUCAAAAUUCUGCUAAUGUGGAUGUAAUUGUUGAUAAUCAGAUGGAAAAUUCUGAGAAUGUCGGGAUCGAUGAAAGCGGGGGUGAAAGAGAAUUGGAAGAGGCUAAUGACCAAAGGGUUUCAAAGGAAGGUACCGAUUGCAAUGAAAAUGGCACUUUGUUAGUGAGUGAGGCUAACGAGAUAAGACAGAUCAAAAGGUGCGCUUCCAUGGAUUCUUCUUCAUCAGCUGCAAGUUUGUUUCUGGGCAUUCAAGAGGAUGUUGAGAACGUAGAUUCGGGCAUCUGGGCAACCAAAGACGAGGUGAAGUCAAGUGAGUUUAGGGUAAUGGGAAAUUCCUCCAUUUCUCAGCAUCUUCAUUUAAGCCCGGUUCCAAUGAAAAGAUCAUUCUCAUGUGGUGGAAGGUUUUUCUCGUCCUCCAAACGUUACCGGAGCAUGAAUCCAAUUCUUCCGGUGUAAAGCUUUUUACUGUUAUAGUUUUGGUUUGAAGUGUGCGAAAUUUGUUAAAACAGAGAAAUUGUAUGAAUGGAAGCAGAAGCCUUAUGAUGAGAGGAAUUAUGAAGAGAAAGUUUGAGAAGAAUAAAUUUCAUGUAUAUGCAAUGCCAGGACACAUUACAUUGUUAAACAUAAACUGAUUUUCGCUUUUGUUAAGUUGAAUUGGUUGAGAAAAAGAAAAUAUUAUGGGUUGGUUGAAACCAGGCAUAGAACAGUGGAUUUGAUGAGCAGUCAAAAGCUUUGCCUAAUUUAGGUGGGUUGGGUUUUCUG